GCCAGUCGGGCUGCGAAAAGUCCAUUUCCAAGGAGGAAGAGAUCAGGUUAAUGCCGCCAGUCCUGACCGUCUCCAUGGUAACAGUUCUAAACAAGGAAGAGGAGCUGAGCUGUUGUGUCGCCAGCACUGUUUACUGUCUUAACUGUGAAGCGCUCAGAGGUAUGCCGAAGAAAAAAGCGAAGAAAGGAGGAAAGAAGGGGAAAGGGAAAGUAAAGAAGGAAAGCCUUUCCAAUCCGGGUAAGGAAUGUGAUGGAGAGAGAGCUAAAGCUAGCGCGGCUCUGUGGGAGGCUCGGCUGGAGGUAACGGAAACCUCGCGGGUGGAAUAUCGCGAAGCUGCUCGCAGACUGGCCCGGGCUAAUGAAGAGCUCACAAACCAGCAGUACAGAGCCGAGAAGGACACGACUGACAUCAUCGCGUUUCUGAAAAAGAAAGAACUCGAGAAAGAUGCACAGAUUGCUGCAUUGGAAGAACAGCUAAAAGAUGAGAAAUCCAAAGCCCUACAGGACAAAGAGUUUUUAGUUGCAGAGUAUACGCUGAAGAUUAAUGAGAUGGAAGAAAAGUUUCAGAAGAGAUCUAGAGAUUUUUCCAUGAUUCAAGGGGAACUCAAGACCAUCAAGGAGUUUCGCAAAAAGAAAGCGCAUAUGGAACAAGAGUUGAUUGCUAUGAAAGAAAGCAUGUAUAUUGCUGACCGUGAACACAAGGAGAGUCUUGCAAGAAUGGAGCAUAAAUUUUUCCUUGAAAAGGUCUGUUUAGAAAAGGAAGCGGAGCAGAGAAUUGCCCAGCUAGCAGAGAAAGCACACAAUGAGGCAAUUGUGCAACUGGAUAAUGUGUCCCACUCAGUGUUUAUGGAGAAUGUGCGUUUGAAUGAGGCACUUGGAUAUCACUUGAAAGAGACAGAAGAGCUGAAAAGGAGCAAUAAGGCCCUGACAGAGAAGAAUGCUUCUCUUAUCCUGGAUAAGGAGACCAACAAGCUAAUGAUGACAGACAGUGUGGCUCAGCUUGCAGCCCAACGGAACGAGAUCUCUGAACUAAGGGCCAAAGUAGCAACUUUGGAGCAGAAGCUGGCCCUCAUGAUAACUGCGUGUCAGAAGGAGAAGGCGGUCAUGCAGGAGCGAGCUGUAGUCAGUACUCAAGCUGGCCAGGUGGAACUAGAGAAGCUGCAAAAACUGCUCACCAUGCGUGAACGUGAGAUGAGCCGAGUGAAGCGGCUUGCACGCAACAUUGUAGAACAGCGCACCCAACUUGAGCUUUUCUUCCAUGAGGCUCUGGCUCAAGUUAAGCAGGAGAUCAUAACCAGCCAGAUCCAAUACAGACAGGAAGCAAUGGAGGCUUAUCAGAAACGGAUGAGCGAAGCACGGUCAAGGAGGAAGGAGUACCCUCACAUACGCACCUUUAACAAAGCUCCACACAGCACCAACAAUGUUUACACUGAUCUGGAAGAGGCUGAAAGGUGGAACAGCCUGCAAAGCUCAAAAGUGGACAUUUCUGAUCUGACCUGGGAACAGAAGGAGCGAGUGCUGCGGCUGCUCUUUGCUAAAAUGAAUGGUCUGAAAACAAGGAGAGCAGUGCAGCUUCCAACUCUGUCACCGUCCUCUGAGAGGAACCAGAAUGACCGCAAACCUGAAGCCAGAGAAGAAGCAGCUCCUAUGACCUUUAUAACCCAAGCAUCCAACAUCCGUAUCCAACAGGACUUCUAACCCCAGCGGCUUGCCAUAACUACCAAGCACCUGAACCUGGCUCACAUUACCACGAUAUCUCAUACUCAUGUGACCAAAUACAAAUCAACCUUCCUAAUGCAUGCAUUAGCUUGUCUUUUUUUUUUUCCUGAAAAGUAGAAUAGAAGUGCAUCUUUGCUAUAGAAAGAGGCAGUAUUUCUAAACCAUGUGAAAUGAAGUGUUAUCUAAAAGGUUCUGUGUGUGAAUGGUUAGAGAAGCACCUUUGGGACCAAAAGGUUGCCAGUUUGAUUCCCUGGAUCAGCAGGAAUAGCUGAAGUGCCCUUGAGCAAGGCACCUAACCCCCAGCUGCUCUGGGUUUGUUGUACAUCACUCUGGAUAAGAGCAUCUGCUAAAUGCCUGUAACGUAAUGAAUUACAUGAAAGUGACAUUGCUUUCUUCCAAGCACAGUCUUUAUGCUAAAAUAAUUUAAAAAAAAAACAAAACACGGGGCAGCACGGUGGUGUAGUGGUUAGCGCCGUCACCUCACAGCAAGAAGGUCCGGGUUCGAGCCCCGUGGCCGGCGAGGGCCUUUCUGUGCGGAGUUUGCAUGUUCUCCUGGUGUCCGCGUGGGUUUCCUCCGGGUGCUCCGGUUUCCCCCACAGUCCAAAGACAUGCAGGUUAGGUUAACUGGUGACUCUAAAUUGACCGUAGGUGUGAAUGUGAGUGUGAAUGGUUGUCCGUGUCUAUGUAUCAGCCCUGUGAUAACCUGGUGACUUGUCCAGGGUGUACCCCGCCUUUCACCCGUAGUCAGCUGGGAUAGGCUCCAGUUUGCCUGCGACCCUGUAGAACAGGAUAAAGCGGCUAGAGAUAAUGAGAUGAGAAACACCCAAGCCACUCACCCUACCUUUCCACCCACCAAAAUAAAGUACUCCACGAUCUGGUAUAGUAUCUUUUAAAGCUUGCAUUUGAAACAGACAUUUUAAAAAACAUAGAACAGAAUCAUUGCAUGUUUAUUGCAAGUAAUAGAUUAGUUGUGCUACACUGAGAUAAGGUAAUGUGGGAGGAUUGAGAUGAUAAAACUGAAAAGGAUUAAUGCUUUGCCUAGCCACAGUUUGUUGCUUUAGUUUUUGAAAAUCUCUGUAGGCUUCAGUGGGGAAAAAAAAAUUAAAAUUAAAUUAUAGUGGACAAAUACCUUUAAUAGCUGUUGGCAUUAACAUGUGGAAAACGUUGCAGUUUUAAGCAUAGUGUAAUAAGGUCAGAAAGUUACAUAGUCUAGUGGAACAUUCGUCACUGAUUACUGUUUUAUAUUUCUAUACUAGUAAAAAAACCAUGUCACUUUCUACCCAUCUGUACAGUAUGUUCUAUACUUCAGGGCUUUGGGGGGAGGUCAGUAUUUGGGUGGUCUAUUACAACUUAGCGUCCCAUGGUUGGCAUGGUAACUGCUGGAGAUUUUACUGUAGCAUCCUCUGCCUUCCACUGUGAAGUAAUAGUUUUGAUCUGUGUGUAGAACUGGAUGCCCUGCAAUGACAAACAAAAUGCUCAGAAUCACAGUUAAAAUUGUGGGUCAUAUCUUGCAUUUUUCU